AAAUAAACAUCGACAUAAAAUGAAUUCAUUGUCGAUGAUUGUCAUUGUCAUCAUUACAUUGGCUAUAUCGAUCCAAUGUCAAUCAGAUGUAAAUGAUUAUAAUAAAAAUCGUCAUAGAAAUCCUGUGAAUAAUAAUCGUUUGAAUCGUAAUCAUAAUGAUCAUCAUAAAUCUGGCCAUGAUGUUGGUUUUGUUAUGAUGAAUGAUCGUCGUGAUGAUCAUAAUAAUAAUAACAACAACAAUCAUGGUUAUGAUUCUAAUUCGAAUAAUGGUGGUCAAAAUAAUCCGAUAAUCGGUAAUAAUGGUAAUGGACAGAAGAAAUCUUCAUAUAAAGUUCUUUAUCUUCCGGUUAUACCUGUCAAAACGGCUAAACAUCGUUCAACAACGAAUAAUAAUAAUGUUAUGAACGGUGGUAAUAAUAAUCAUCAUCAUGGUGGUGGUAAUGUUAACAAUAACAACGAUAUGGGUAGCUAUGCACAAGCAUCUUCUUAUGGUUCAGGUUCGAAUGGACCAAAUGAUGGUGAUUAUCAAGAAUCAUCAAUGUCAUCCAGUGGUAAUUAUGGUGAUUCUGGAUCUAGUUCCGUACAUGAUUUUAAUGAAGAAUCACCUGUUAUACCGGUAAUUAUCAUACAGAAAAGUGAAGAUUCAAGUAGUAGUAGUUCAAAUAAUAAUAAUAAUGGAAAAUUACAAUCACCAAUGACAUCUUCGAUGAUGAUGAUGAACAAUAAUAAUAAUAAUGUUGGCAGUAAUUCUGUUCAUAAACAAGCAUCAACAUCAAUAAGUAAUUAUAAUUCAAUGACAAUGGAUUCAUCACCACCGCCAUCAUCAAUAUCAACUACUUCGAAUUACAAUGGUAAUAAUCAUAACCAUAACAACAACAACAACAACCAUAUGAGCCAUAGUUUUCAUGGUAAUAAUGGAAUAUUUCCACCACCAUUUGGUUCGAAUUUUAAUACUGUUCCAAAUAAUGGAGGCUAUCGUGGUGGUGAAACAUUUGUCAAUAAUUUACAGAAACCGAUUCGAGAUAUACGUCAUCAACAUAUAGAUAACUUUAUGCAUAGUAUCAAUAAUAAUGGUGGUGUUGGUGGUGGUAAUCAACCAUUCAAUAUGAAUAAUAAUAUUGUUCCAUUUGGUCCAUACAAUACCAAUAAUAAUGCCAACAUUGAAAAUACCAAAUUUAAUGGUUUUUCAAACCUGAUGUCACCAUCUGGUGUUAACAAACAACAUACUAAUCAUUUAAUGGAUUCAUCACCUUUUGAUCAUAAUCAUUUUGGUUCAGCAUCUAAUACUUUCAGUAGUAAUCCAAUACCAUUCAAUAAUAAUGUUCAAAAUAAUAAUAACAACAAUAUCAAUAACAACAACAAUAAUAAUAAUAACAAAAAUCAUCCUGGUAAUUUUCAUAAUUCUGGUCCCGGAAAUUUCGUCGGACAAGGUUUCAGUUCAAGUGGAUCGUAUGGUGGUAAUCCGACAGCAAUGAUGGGACCAUUUGGACCGGCAGCUUUUCCAGGUGCCGCUUUUAUUCCACCACAGGUGAACAAAUUCCUAACGAAUUUAAAUCAUGCUGCUGCAGCGGCUGCUUCCAAUAAUCAUGGUCCAUAUGCAUUUACAUUUGGUCCUGGUUUUGCAAACGGUUUUGUAGGAGCUAAUAAUAAUGGUGGUAAUAGUGGUGGUGGUGGAGGAGGUGGAGGAUAUCAGAAUGAAAAUGGAAAAUUUAGCGGUGGUUUUGGUAGUGGGUAUGGUGGAUCUGGUGGUUUUGGAUCAACAUCAACAUCAUUCGGACCAAAUGGCUUUGGAAGUGGUUUCGGUACGAACACUGGAAAUAAUGCUGUUCCUUCCAGCGGUAAAGUUGGACCAUUAUCAUGGAAAGUUUGUUAGAUUUUUUGACAACAAUAACGACGAAGACAAAAAAAAAAUACUAAUGUAAUUACACC